AUGUCUCCUACAAGUAAUGUGACUGAGAUAAUUUUCUUGGGAUUUUCCCAGGACCGGAAUAUGCAGAAGAUCAUUUCUGUGGUGUUUCUGCUCAUGUACACAGGCAUUGUACUGGGCAAUGGUCUCAUUGUGGUGACCAUUGUGGCCAGCAAAGGCCUCACUUCCCCCAUGUAUUUCUUCCUCAGCUACUUGUCUUUUGUGGAGAUCUGCUAUUGCUCUGUUACAGCCCCCAGGUUCAUUGUCGACUCUUUUAUUGAGAAGAAAGUAAUUUCCCUCAAGGGAUGCAUCGCACAAGUAUUUUUCCUCCAUUUCUUCGGUGGCACUGAAAUCUUUCUCCUGACGGUAAUGGCCUACGACCGUUAUGUGGCCAUCUGCAAGCCUUUGCACUAUGUGACUAUCAUGAACCGACGUGUGUGUGGUCUCUUUGUGGGAGCCGCUUGGGGUGGGGGCUUGCUGCACUCUGCAGGUCAAACAUUCCUUAUUUUCCAACUACCUUUCUGUGGCUCCAACAUCAUUAAUCAUUACUUCUGUGACGUUCACCCUCUGUUGAAGCUGGCUAGCUCUGACACCUUCCUUAUUGGCCUGCUCAUCAUUGCCAAUGGUGGCUCCAUUUCGGUGAUUAGCUUUGCUGUGCUUCUUGCUUCCUAUGUGGUCAUCCUGCGCUCACUGAGAAACAAAACCUCUGAGGGGCGGCGCAAGGCCCUCUCCACCUGUGCCUCACAUGUUGCAGUUGUGGGUCUGUUCUUCAUACCCUGUUCCUUUGUUUACAUGAGGCCCUGUGUCACAUUUCCAGCAGACAAGAUAGUGGCUGUGUUUUACACAGUGGUCACACCACUCUUAAAUCCCAUCAUUUACUCCUUCAGGAAUGCUGAGGUGAAGAAUGCCAUGCAAAGACUGAUGGUGAGGAAAGUGAUUUGGGAAGAGAAAUAG